UAAGCUAAGCUGCCGCUCCCAACCAACAUUCUCUCUCCUCCUCUUAAGCUACCUCCCUCCGAUCGAUUGGGCAGCCGGGCUGCGAGGCUGUGCUGCGUUUCGUGUGGCAAAGGCCAAAGAGCGCGGGCGCGAGGAGAGCUAGGUCAGAGAGAGAUGAUGUCGUCGAGGGAGCGCAAGAAAGCAGCCGCUCUGCAGGAGAAGCUGCAGCUCCUUCGCUCUCUCACCCACUCCCAUGCUCUGAGCGAUACGUCGAUAAUCAUGGACGCGUCCAAGUACAUCAAAGAGCUGAAGCAGAAGGUGGUGAUGCUGAACCAGGAGAUCGCUUGCGCGCAGGACUCGCGCAGCAGACAGAACUCUUCCUACCCCACGGUCAAGGUUGAAACCCUAGGGCACGGGUCGUUCCUCGUCAACGUGUUCUCUGACAAGAGCUGCCCGGGGCUUCUCGUUUCCCUCCUCGAGGCCUUGGAUGAGCUGGGCCUCAGCGUCCUCGAAGCCACGGCCACCUGCGCCGACACCUUCCGUCUAGAAGCCAUAGGAGGGGAGAACCUGGUGGAGAACGUGGACGAGCUCGUCAUCAAGCAGGCGAUGCUGCGGGCCAUAAGAACGGCCCGCUCAUCCCAGAGCGGCGCCACCGAGGACGACGACGAUCAGAUAUAGCGCGAGCAAGCAGUGCUGCCUCGCCCUCGAUCGGUCUACGAAAUACUAGUUUCUACUAUUCUCACUAUAUAUAUCCCUCUCUCGAUCUCUCUCUCUCUCUCUCUCUCUCUCUCUCUCUCUCUCUCUCUCUCUCUCUCGUUCGUUUUUGUUCAUCGUACUGGUGAUUAGAUGUGCCACCCCUGAUAAAUUCGACGGUUCGACACACCAUUGCUAGAUCUUGUAAUGCUGUUAAUUAGGGGUGUGCCGGGCAAUGGUUAAGAUCGUUAUCAUGCAACAUGUGAUGGGAGGUUCAUCUGAAAGCUCAGCUGAAAGGAGGCUAGCUGGCCUUGUACUAUCAUGCAAUGUAAGCACUCUUGUUGAUGCAGGAAAA